GUUGUGGUUACGACGUUCUCCGACGCUUCCGAAAGCGACCGGAAAGCGUUUCUUGAGGCCGCUGAGGAUGGCGACGUGGCCCAGGUUGAGGCUUUGCUGCAGAUUCCCCUGGAUCCGGAUGCAGCUCUCGACAGCUAUGGCACUACAGCGCUGAUGCGGGCAGCAACCUGGGGCAACGUUGAUGUCGCACGGUUGCUACUGGAGGCCGAUGCUGAGGUAGGUUUGCGCAGUGACACGGACUUCACGGCCUUGACGCUGGCGGCACGCGUCGGUACUCCUCAAUUGGUGCAGUUGCUUCUGGAAGCCGGUUCUGAGAAAGACCUCAUUGACGAGUACGGCCUUUCAGCGCUGAU